AUUAAUGACACAUCACAAGUUUUGACGUUUUACAGGUCGUUCAAGGCGCUGCUCUCAUUUUUUAUUAGUAUUUUUAUUUUAAAGUGAUAGUGAAACAUUAAUUUGAUUCGUCUUACUACUAAAUCUUCUUUACAACUUUCAAAAUUUCUAAUUAUGGCAGGUUCAGCUCUAAGGCGAUUAAUGGCAGAAUAUAAACAGCUUACCAUAAAUCCACCAGAAGGGAUUAUAGCUGGUCCAAUAAAUGAGGAAAAUUUCUUUGAAUGGGAAGCACUAAUAACAGGGCCUGAAGGAACUUGUUUUGAAGGUGGCAUUUUUCCCGCAAAAUUAGUAUUCCCUCCUGAUUAUCCAUUGAGUCCGCCAAAAAUGCAGUUUAUAUGUGAAAUGUUUCAUCCAAACAUUUAUGCUGAUGGUAGAGUGUGCAUAUCCAUUCUACAUGCACCAGGUGACGACCCCAUGGGAUAUGAGAGCAGCGCUGAACGGUGGUCACCGGUCCAAAGUGUAGAAAAGAUUUUGUUGUCAGUUGUUAGUAUGUUAGCUGAACCCAACGACGAAAGUGGAGCAAACGUCGAUGCGGCCAAAAUGUGGAGAGAGGACCGAGACCAGUUCAACAGGAUAGCGGAAAGAUUGGUUAGAAAAACGUUAGGGUUGCCCUCUAUAUAAUUUUUAGCUAAUUUAUGAGUUGGGCUUGGGCGCAGUAUAUCCAAUUCGCAAACGAAAUAGUUUAAUAAGAGAGUUAAUAUAUUUUUUAAUUCCUCUCGAGAAACCGACUUCCACUUUGAUAUUAUUUGCGAUUUGGACAUUCUGCGCAGUGCGUGUCUUUGUGUCUUGACACAUGGACACGCAGGGUAAUAAAUUUUAAGCAAUAUAAUAAAGAUGCCUUUUUAAUCUGUUCAUAAAUAGACAAGAAUGUAAUAAAAUGUUAUCAGCCUUUGAAUGCACUUAAACAGGUUGUCCCUAGAUCCAUGGUAAUAAAUAUGGCCGGCCAUGCCGAAGUUCCAAAGAUGUGCCAGGUCUCGCGGGACCCCUGCUGUAUUUUAAUAAUUGGCAUAUAUAGUUAGUUAAUAAAAUUAAGAUCCAAUAGACAUUUUGACAGAUCCAAACUAUGGAUGUAUGUAUGUAUAUAAACUUAGUAGACAAGACAGAUGUGUUAGUGAUGUCGAUUAAAUAUAUAUAUAUAUAUAAUCAAUUCAUUAUGGAGGUUGUUUUUUAAGGAAACGAGGUGAGAAAUUACUGGAUGCCUUGUAAGCUUAUGUCGUUAAUGUUGUGUAACUAAUGUACUAGAAACUAUUAAUUUUACCAAUAUCUAAAAAACAUACAAAUGUUCCCUAAAUUAAUAGUAUGAUUCAUUAUAGGCCGAUUAAGUUUCCAUGUCAGCAUAGACACGUAGCACUAACUGACGCCUGAGAAAAACGACACCACCACUAGAAAUUUUUCCACCACAAACGUGUCACGGUUUUUCAUCAAUAGGCGCUAUCUGCGCAUAUCCCACAUAGUGCCUGUUGAUGAAAGCCGUUUUACCUUAGAUUAUUUAAGUACUGUAUUUAAAUAAUCUAAUUGUGUCUCAUGCAUCGUGAUUUUAGCAGUCUUAUUAUCCUUUUUGGGACAACCUGUUCGACAAUAGAAUUCAGUUAGACCAUUUAAUACAAAUAGAUUAUUACUUAUAUUCAUAUAAAAAGUAACUGUUACAAUAGUUUGAAAUAUUUUUUGUAAAGCCUACAAGGCAAUAUUAUAUUUUGUACGCAGUAGAAUUUUUAAUGGUGUAUUUAUCAUAAUGUUGUAGUAUACACAGGGUGCAAUAGGGUGAUUUCUAAGAAUAGCUUGAAAAGACUUUCGGGACAAAGUACUAGAGAGGUCCAUUUGACAGCUGCUGGCAAAAACGUACUGUCAACAACAUAAUUAAGUAUCCAAGUCAAAAUAAUGUUUAAAUUAAAUAGAUAUGAUGUUGAUCUCGUCAAAAUGACAGUGGUAGUAUACAGUUUCUAGUAAAAAGUGUCGUUACACACAUUAUCAAUUGACACCUGUAUACUUAAUUAUAUUUAUUGACUGUACAGUCAUCCACAUAUCAAGGUUCGAAAAUAAUGAUGUAGGUAAAUGCACUACUGACUGUACCUACAUAGCGUGUGUAAAAUAGAGUCCGACCGAAUUUACUGUGAAGUAUUUGUAUACCGAAACCAAAUCCGAAAAUUCGCCUAGAGAUUUGUAGGCCGAAACCGUGUAUUCGGUCGAUCUCUAGGUUAAACUUUUAUUCUCUUUAUAAUGGUUCCAGCUUUCUGUCAUAUGGUCAUCUUAGAUCUCGAUGUCUAGGCACAAAACACCAUGCCAAAAAUAAGCUUCAUAUUAAUUGUUAUUAUGUCACCACAUCCGACAUCAAAAUAUUUAGCAAUACAUUCUUAAAUAAAAGAUAAGCAAUAAAAAUCUCUCUUUUUAAUGCACCUUAUUACAUUACUGUAAUGAUUUUGCCUAAAAUUGUAAAAAGUAAAUGAAUGUUAUUGUUCUAAUAUAUUAAUUAUAUGGGCCUUGUAUAUUGCUUGUUAUAAAGCUGUUACUGGACUGUUCGUAAAAUUGAAUACCUCGCGUCAAUUCAUGAAUCCGAAUCAGAUAAUAAUAAUGUUGCCCAUAUACUAAACUUGUUACCAAAGAUGAAUUUACGCCUAAUAUUUUCCUAUUUUGUAAAUAUUGGGCAUGAAUCCAUCUCUGCCUGUUACUGAUAAAAUUUUUGGUUUUUUAUUGUAAGUACCAGGUGCCCGGUACUCAUGCAAUAUUGAAGUUUUUGUCUUCAAUUUUUGAAGGUUUCACACAGAUAUUGCGCUCACAUAAGAUCACAAUCGAAAAAGUUCGAGGGCAUCGAUUGGUCGAGUUUUCACGAUUCUGAAUUUUCACCUUCGAAACAAAUUGGAGAAACUUUGAUUUCCUGAGAAUCGGGCCCCAGCAAUGACAAUAGUUGAAAUAUAGUAUAUUUUUAGUGUAGGCAAGAAACGUACAACAACCCAAAUGUUUUAUCACCGUCGCUUGUAUCAAUAUGUAUGUUUUAUCUCUUUAACUAUCAUACAACUAGGACUUUUAUAAUGAAAACUAUUCACAAACAAUCAAAAUUGAUAGGUAUUCACCAUUUAGCCAGUCUAUACUGUACGGCUUGGCAAAAAAUGCCUAGAUGUAGCAAAUAUUGAAAUCCUUGUUGUAGAAUUUUAAAUUAUAUUUUAUAUACGGAAUGUUUAUGUUAAUAAUUUAUUAAUAUUUUAUAGAUAAUAAUAACAAUAAAAAAUAUAACUCAAAUCAAUAUGCAAAACGUGGCGCCCACAUUUUCAUUGGUAUUUUGCCUAGCGGUGCCUUAAUGUAAAAUGUACAAAUAGUAGAAAAAAUUCAAGUUGAAUCUUUAAACUAUUCUUCAAGCGUAGUCCGCGCCAUGAAACAAGUCGCGCGGCAAUAUUAUGUGGAAUCAUAUAUUAUGUCAUCGGUUGUUGUUGUCCCCACGUUUGCGAGACUUCCUUCGUGGUGCGGACUCUUGUAUGCUUAAUCUUCAUCUAGUCACAUUGCAAAAUAUUACGCGUACAUUCUUCUUACGUAUCUAUGUUGUAAUACUGUGAGUCCUAAUAAAUAGACUAUAUUAGACAAGUUGCAAUUAGAUAAAUAAAGUAAGUUGAUUACCUCAAUCAAUGUAAUAAUAGAACAGUGAGAAUAGAUUACAUCGAAUAAGAACGAAUCAACGUGCUCAUGUUUUAUGCAGAUUAUAAAAUUAUCUUACAGUGUUGGGAUUUUACUAAGUACACAUAUUUCCUGCUCACAACAUGAAUUCGAUAUUCCGCAUUAUUAAUUAGGCAUAUUUAAUAUUGUAGUCUAUAAAUAUUGUAUACUUAACUAAGAAUUUAUUUUCAAUAAAAAAUAUUAUAUUA